AUGGAAGAUACAUUAGACCUCGAGAUGGGUUUUCUGUCGGAUCUUGAGGGGCACAUGAACAAAUACUCACUAUUUCCACGACGAAGCUACUGUCAGCCUUAUGGAACAAUAUCCACUAUGCUUCUAGCAAACGAAAUACAGUGCCAGACGCGGAAUCUAACUCUGGGAUCCUCAAUUGACAAAAAUGUCCAGGAUUACUCGAACCACUUGGUGGACACGCAAUGGAUUGCUCAACUUUGCUGGUUUGCGGUGCGAAUCACCUAUGUCAUCUCGCAAAAUUCAAAGACAUGUCUGUUACCACGGGCUUUGUUCUACUCCACCACUACGCCCACAACCUUUGUCCCAGGGUUAAGCAAAGUUUUACUCAACAAGAUUAGCACUUUGAAUGUAAACAGGCCACUGAACGAAUCAACUAAGAUUUACAUAUUAUCACAUCGAACUCAAGAUCACGCCAGAACUCUAACGAUGGGCUGGUGCCCAUAUCAUCAACAGUACCUAGAGAAGCGCAGACAAUACCGGCGCCGAGACCUCACGAUCCAGGUUCAACAAGGAUACAAAUCGUACCAGGACCGUGAUUUCGAGGUCGGCAGGGAAGAUGCCGGAAACGAGCUUGAGCUUGAUGUGAUUUGGGAGGAUGUUACUUGA